GAGCGCCGGGGCCCAGCGGACCAGGCAGGCUGCGCGCUCGGCGUGGACGGGUGCGCGCCGCGGCUUCGAGGGGGGAAGAGUUGAGCGCUUUUCCACCCUCUAUUUUUUUCCUCUCUUUUUUCUUUUUCUUUUUUUUUCUCCUCUUCUUAAACAAACCACAAACGGAUGUGAGGGAAGGAAGGUGUUUCUUUUACUCCUGAGCCCAGACGCCUCUCUCUGUUCCGUCUAAGCUUGUUUUUUGCUGAGCACUUUUUUUAUUUUUUCAAAAAGGAAAAGAAAAGGAGUUGCUUGAUGUGAGAGUGAAAUGGACGUAAGAUUUUAUCCACCUCCAGCCCAGCCCGCUGCUGCUCCCGCCGCUCCCUGUCUGGGACCUUCUCCCUGCCUGGACCCCUACUAUUGCAACAAGUUUGACGGGGAGAACAUGUAUAUGAGCAUGACAGAGCCGAGCCAGGACUAUGUGCCAGCCAGCCAGUCCUACCCUGGCCCAAGUCUGGAAAGUGAAGACUUUAACAUUCCACCCAUCACACCUCCUUCCCUCCCUGACCACUCUCUGGUGCACCUGAAUGAGGUGGAGUCUGGGUACCACUCUCUGUGUCACCCCAUGAACCACAAUGGCCUGCUCCCGUUCCAUCCACAAAACAUGGACCUGCCAGAGAUCACCGUGUCCAACAUGCUGGGCCAGGAUGGCACAUUGCUUUCCAACUCCAUCUCUGUGAUGCAAGAUAUCGGGAACACCGAAGGAGCUCAGUAUGGCUCCCAUCCUCAGAUGGCAGCCAUGAGGCCGAGAGGCCAGCCUACAGACAUCAGACAGCAGGCCACCAUGAUGCAGCAUGGCCAACUGACCACCAUCAACCAGUCCCAGUUGAGUGCACAGUUGGGCUUGAACAUGGGAGGAAGCAACGUUCCCCACAACUCCCCUUCUCCCCCUGGGAGCAAGUCUGCAACCCCUUCACCUUCAAGUUCAGUGCAUGAAGAUGAGGGUGAUGACACCUCCAAGAUCAAUGGUGGAGAGAAGCGGCCUGCCUCUGAUAUGGGAAAAAAACCCAAAACUCCCAAAAAAAAGAAGAAGAAGGACCCCAAUGAACCCCAGAAGCCUGUGUCGGCCUAUGCUUUGUUCUUUCGUGAUACUCAGGCUGCCAUCAAAGGCCAAAAUCCAAAUGCUACUUUUGGUGAAGUCUCUAAGAUUGUGGCUUCAAUGUGGGAUGGCCUUGGAGAAGAGCAGAAACAGGUUUAUAAGAAGAAAACCGAGGCUGCAAAGAAGGAGUACCUGAAGCAACUAGCAGCAUACAGAGCCAGCCUCGUAUCCAAGAGCUACAGUGAUCCUGUUGAUGUGAAGUCAUCUCAGCCACCCCAGCUGGUCAACUCCAAGCCGUCAGUGUUCCACGGGCCCAGCCAGGCCCACUCAGCCCUGUACCUAAGUUCUCACUAUCACCAACAACCAGGGAUGAAUCCUCACCUCACUGCCAUGCAUCCAAGCCUCCCCAGAAACAUAGCGCCCAAGCCGAACAACCAAAUGCCAGUGACUGUCUCCAUAGCCAACAUGGCUGUGUCCCCACCACCACCCCUCCAGAUCAGCCCACCUCUUCACCAGCAUCUCAGCAUGCAGCAGCAGCAGCCACUUGCCAUGCAGCAGCCCCUUGGGAGCCAGCUCCCCAUACAGGUCCAGUCUGCCUUACACUCGCCCACCAUGCAGCAAGGAUUUACUCUUCAACCCGACUAUCAGACUAUUAUCAACCCUACAUCUACAGCCGCGCAAGUUGUCACCCAAGCAAUGGAGUACGUGCGUUCUGGGUGCAGAAAUCCUCCCCAACAGCCGGUGGACUGGAAUAACGACUACUGCAGUAGUGGGGGCAUGCAGAGGGACAAAGCACUGUACCUCACCUGAAAAUCUCAACGCCUCUCCUUUCCACUGAGGAAUUCAGGGAAGUCUUUUCAUCAUGGAUUGCUUUGUGCGCUCAAGGCAGUUCAUUUUAUUAGAAAAUACAAGUUGCUAAGCACUUAGGACCAUGUGAGCUUGUGGGUCACCCACUCUGGAAGAAAUAGUCAUGCUUCGUUAUUAUUUUUUUAAUCUUUUAUGGACAUUGUUCCUCUUCCCUGAAGGAAGUAUGGACCAUUCUGAUUUCUGUUGGUUUUGCUGUGAAGUGCUGCGCUCUAGUAACUGCCUUAGCAACGGUAGAUGUCUGGGGUAAUAAUGGUCCUGGGUUUUCCAUUGGUUUUCAUAAUGGGUGUUUAUAUGGAACUACUAAAGACUUUUUCAAUGGCUUGAUGUAGCAGUCAUAGCAAGUUUGUAAAUAGCAUCUAUGUUACACUCUCCUAGAGUAUAAAAUGUGAAUGUUUUUGUAGCUAAAUUGUAAUUCGAAACUGGCUCACCCCAGUUUGUUUAUUUGACAGAGGGGUUAAAUUGGCAAACAUUCAUAUUUUUACUUCAUUUUUAAAAACAACUGACUAAUAGUUCUAUAUUUUCAAAAUACUUGAAAAAUAUUCCCAAAUGAUUUUAAUUUAAAAACAAAUUGGCUUUGUCUUAUUGAUCAGACAAAAAGAACCAAGUGUGGAGGGAAGAGCAAACACAUUUAUUUUGUAUUGCAGAAAAAAAUCCUUUUUUUGUAUCACUUUUGUGUAAUGAUUAGUAAAUGUCAUCUAUCGAGUCCUUUUAUGUCUAAAGCUGCCAAAUGUCCACCAGGAUCUGCAGAACCAGGUUGGAAAGCGCUAAGCGAUCAUCUUCAUGACUCUCUAUUAUUGUUUCUCAUACCAUGUCUGUAUUUAAUCUUUUUUAUGGAACUUGUUGCGCCUAUUUAUGAAAUAAUAAAUAUAGGUGUUUGUAAGUAAAUUUGUUAGUAUUUGAAAGAGGUUUCAUUGAUGUUUUAAUUUUUGCUGGCAAAAAAAAAGAUCCAUGCUUGAUGUGAAUACUGAUUACUUAGUUUUUACAGUGACAUAAAUAAAACCAAAUUUGCUUUUCA